UACUUUUCUGUAUCUGAAGUUCCUGGUGGUGUGGGCACUAGUACUGUUGGCAGAUUUUGUCCUGGAGUUCAGAUUUGAGUACCUGUGGCCAUUCUGGCUCUUCAUCAGGAGUGUUUACGAUUCCUUCAGAUACCAGGGCUUGGCCUUUUCAGUAUUUUUUGUUUGUGUAGCAUUCACAUCCAAUAUAAUCUGUCUGCUCUUCAUCCCAAUCCAAUGGCUGUUCUUUGCUGCCAGCACCUAUGUUUGGGUACAGUAUGUUUGGCACACAGAGAGGGGUGUGUGCCUACCAACAGUAUCACUGUGGAUACUUUUUGUUUAUAUUGAAGCAGCCAUUAGGUUUAAAGAUUUAAAAAACUUCCACGUAGACCUUUGUCGUCCAUUUGCAGCACAUUGCAUUGGCUACCCUGUUGUGACUUUGGGCUUUGGCUUUAAAAGUUACGUCAGCUACAAAAUGCGUUUAAGAAAGCAGAAAGAAGUGCAGAAGGAGAAUGAGUUCUACAUGCAGCUCCUGCAGCAAGCACUGCCCCCAGAGCAGCAGAUGCUGCAAAGGCAAGAGAGGGAGGCAGAGGAAGCCAAAGGAUUAUCCGACAUGGAUUCCUCAAUACUCCUGCAGCACAAUGGAGGCAUUCCAGCCAAUAAAAAAUUAUCUGCAACGUUGCCAGAGCUAGAAUAUAGAGAAAAAGGGAAAGAAAAGGACAAGGAUGCGAAGAAACACAACCUUGGGAUAAAUAACAAUAUUUUGCAACCUGUAGACUCUAAAAUACAAGAAAUUGAAUAUAUGGAAAACCAUAUCAAUAGUAAAAGAUUAAAUAAUGAUCUUGUAGGAAGUACAGAAAACCUCUUAAAAGAGGACUCAUGCACUGCCUCAUCCAAAAAUUACAAAAAUGUCAGUGGAGUUGUGAACUCCUCCCCACGCAGUCACAGUGCAACCAACGGGAGCAUCCCCUCCUCAUCCUCCAAAAAUGAGAAAAAACAGAAAUGUGCCAGCAAGAGCCCGAGCACACACAAGGACUUAAUGGAAAACUGUAUUCCUAAUAACCAGCUAAGCAAACCAGAUGCACUGGUAAGGUUGGAACAAGACAUCAAAAAGCUAAAGGCUGACCUGCAGGCGAGCAGGCAGAUCGAGCAGGAGCUGCGCAGUCAGAUCAGCUCUCUGACCAACACGGAGCGUGGAAUUCGCUCCGAGAUCGGACAGCUCCGGCAGGAGAAUGAGCUGCUGCAGAACAAAUUGCACAAUGCUGUACAGAUGAAACAAAAAGACAAACAAAUGAUCAGCCAGUUGGAGAAGAAGCUAAAGGCAGAGCAGGAGGCAAGAACCUUUGUAGAAAAACAAUUAAUGGAAGAAAAGAAGAGAAAGAAGUUGGAAGAAGCAACUGCUGCGCGUGCUGUGGCAUUUGCUGCUGCUACAAGAGGAGAAUGUACCGAAACUUUACGGAAUCGCAUCCGAGAGCUGGAGACAGAGUGCAAGAAGCUAACAAUUGACAUAAAGCUGAAAGAGGAUCAGAUACGAGAGCUAGAAAUGAAAGUUCAGGAACUGCGGAAGUACAAGGAAAACGAGAAGGAUACGGAGGUGUUAAUGUCAGCACUUUCAGCCAUGCAGGAUAAAACACAGCACUUAGAGAACAGCCUGAGUGCAGAGACAAGGAUCAAGCUGGAUCUGUUCUCUGCAUUAGGAGAUGCAAAACGGCAGCUGGAGAUUGCCCAAGGGCAAAUCAUUCAGAAAGAUCAGGAAAUCAAGGACCUAAAACAGAAGAUUGCAGAAGUUAUGGCAGUAAUGCCCAGCAUAACAUACACUGCAGCCACCAGCACUCUGAGUCCUGUUUCCCCACAUUACUCUUCCAAAUUUGUGGAGACCAGCCCUUCCGGACUCGAUCCCAAUGCCUCUGUUUAUCAGCCCUUGAAGAAAUGAAUGCCAAUUUUCUUUUUUGCCCAGUAAUUUUGUCAUGCUGAAGGCAUCACCCAGGAGUGUCUCUUGCAGUCAAGAUGAAAUUGUAUUGUGUGAGACUGUAUUUGUUGUCAUUUAAAACAGGA